AUGUUCAGCGUGAUCAAGCUCCCGACCUCGGAGCAGCACUCUCGCAAAGCACACACGAAAUCCCGCAAUGGGUGUAAAGUGUGCAAAGAGCGGAAACUGAAGUGUGAUGAGACGAAGCCGAUCUGUGGGCCUUGCAACCGCCGCUUCCCCUCGAUGUCCAGCUGCGACUACACAUCAGCCUCAACAUCGACUUCGACCUCGUCGACCUCGAACUCCGGAUCCAAAGCUGCCACAUCACCAACGUCGUCUUUGACUAGUAUGCAGCCGGUUACUCAAGCGCCCAACCAAGGACGGCCUCGCCUCCCUGUCUCAGCAAGCAGGGACCGAAGUAUAGUCCCUGUCCCGUUGCUGGAGACGCAAGGCGGCAGCAUUACUGCUUCUGUUUCUGCUUCUUCGAAAUAUUCUUUUUCAUCAUCAUCAUCAUCAUCAUCAUCCAAAUCCUCAGCCUCAGCCUCAGCCUCAGCCUCAGCGUCAACAUUACCUUCAUCGUUGUCGUCACAUGGGUCUCCUGAGAGCCCUUGGGUGCAGAACUCACGAGCAGUCCGCCCUAGCGACUGGGAGAAGCUGGACUGGAUGUCUGCAUUUGGAUUACCUGGCUCGCUAAGAGCCGAGCUGUUCGAUCCCUUCUUUACGUAUCCGGCCAGCAAAGUGAAGGGAGUCGACGUCUUGUUGAGAUGCUACCUCCAAACGUCCUGCUACAAGGGCUUCCCUUGGCAACCUGCAUCUUCCACCAACCCCACUGCUACUUACUAUGUUCCUCUUGUUCUCAAGGACCCUGUGCUGUUCCACGCAACGCUGAACCUGAGCGUGAUGCGCUGCAAGCAAAAAGCGGAACAGUGGCUAGGUGUGAACUCGCAACACUUGCAAGCCGAAUGCAUCCGGCUGCUCAGGGAACGAGUGGAGAGCGAUGCCUCUGGCAGCAAAGGCGUCAGUGACGAGACUAUCAGCGCCGUGGCUGCACUUGCAGCCUCUGAGCAUGAAAGGGGCAAUUUGAAGAUGCUGAAGAUGCACAUAGGCGGUCUGAAGAGGAUGAUUGACCUCAGGGGUGGGAUUAACGCGAUCCGAGAAUCCAACCCCAUGGUGGCGAACUCGGCUUUCUGGAUCUUCGUCGUAGCCAUGUAUGAGGUCCCAUACCCAGCGUUCGAUCGCGUCUUGCCUCCACUCGCCCCAUACGACCACGGCUUCCACAUAUGUCCGCCGGAGCUGCGAGAAGUACGGUCACACUGCUCAGAUCUGGAGCCCUCACCCACUGCCGUUCUGGAUAUUGAUCUCCCCGGCCUAGGUCUCGACCCCAACAUUGCAUCGGUGCUGACUUCAAUCCAAAAUCUGUCGCACCUCGUGCCGACCCAAGAAGCAUACCCAUCCGCCUCAUCCUCGCUGGCCAUCUUGACAAGAAUGUGUACCCUGCUCUCGCACUUGCUGAGCCUGUGCCGUGCAGACCUUCAAGCAAAAGCACCUUCCAACACGGCGGUCGCAGAUGUGGAUGGCGUCGAUUUCUCCCAGCAACUCUCCGAAUGCACUCGCCUAGCACUGCUGCUGCAUGUAUUUACUCCCUGGCGCGGGCUCCCACCCGACGGAACCUUGAGCAUUACUCUGCUCUUGCACCAACUCCUAGCAUCUCUUCGCAUUCUCAUUUCUCAUCCAUCCUUCAAGCCCAAUGUCCUUUCCCUGUGGCUCUUUGCUGCUGGAGCUGUCGCCGCUUCCAGUAUGCCUGAACGCGGCUGGGUCACUGGACAUCUCGUGCAGUUGACAGAAGAACUAGGGAUCGAUAGCUGGGAGACAUGGAAGGGGGAACUGCGCCGAGUGAUGUGGCACGAGCAGCUGUGCGCGCCCAGGUAUAAAUUGCUGUGGGAGGAGGUCGAUGACAAGAGGAAAGUUCUGAGCACAAACUGA